AUGCCGGGAAGAUCACUGUUCUUGUCUCCCCUCCGCAUAAUGACUUCUCUGUUUUUAUUGUUACUAUCGUGCCUGCCGGGUAUCGUUGCGGAGAUUGAUUCUAUAUUUCGAUCGAGACCCGAUCUAUAUCCCCCGGUUCUCACGAUAGAACACAGCAUUCCUGAGAGACUCGCGUCAGGGUAUAUAUUCCUUGGUCUGUAUGAAGCCGCCAACUCAGGCCCUUAUAUCUAUGAUGAUGAAGGAAAUCUAGUAUGGAGCGGUUGGGGGAACUCUGGACCUGGGAACGCCCAUGGCAUGCACGUAUGCGAAUACAAGGGGAAAGAUCAUCUCUGUUUCUUCCAAGGUGUUCAACAGAAUGGAUACUGCAGGGGUCAUGUGAAGACAGUGGUUCCUGGAGGUGGAAUGGCAUCGAGCGAUAUGCACGAAUUUUUACCCAUUAAUGGUGGAAAGACUGCGCUAUUGACUGUGUACCAGCAGCGACAGUUUGACAUGAGCUUAUGGAAUGUUAGGACUGGGAUGGGGUGGGUAAUGGAGAGCAUUUUCCAGGAAGUGGAUGUGGAGACGAACGAGGUGCUGUUUGAGUGGAAGUCCCUUGACCAUGUUGAUCCUACAGCUAGUUACACCUGGCCUGGCCACACUGAUACUUCGGGUACUGGACUGGACUCACAAUCCCCGUGGGAUUACUUCCACAUCAAUUCCAUUGACAAAAACAAGGACGGUGACUAUCUGAUCUCGUCGCGCCAUACUUGUGCGAUCUACAAAAUCUCCGGCCAGAACGGGUCGGUGAUCUGGCAGUUGCAUGGGGCCAACCCGUCGUUCACCAAUAUCAACUUUAGCUUCUCCCAGCAACACGACGCUCGAUGGUUGAAUGAAAACGGUACUCACACCUUACUUUCCUUAUAUAACAACGGCUACAACGGCUUCAAUAAAACUCACGAGUACUCCUCUGGUAUGCUCAUCCUGAUCGAUCAUGUUGCGAUGACGGCCACCCAGUUGCAAGAUUAUGCCCCUCUCAAUGGAAACAUGCUCAGCUCAAGUCAGGGCAACAUGCAGGUUUUGCCGAACCGAAAUGUGUUCAUUGGAUGGGGGAACAAUGCCUACAUAUCCGAACACGAUCAGCAUGGCAACCUGUUGCUCUGGGGAUAUAUUGAUAAGGACAAGAUUAUGAACUACCGCGCCCAAAAGUUCAAGUGGGACGGAAAUCCGACGGACGUACCGGCCCUGUGGACAUACUCCCAAUCAUCCAAGCCGUUCUCCUCGCUGACCAUGUACGUGAGUUGGAACGGUGCAACACGAGUGAGGUACUGGCGAUUUUACGGUUCCCUAAACAUGACGGGUCCGUACGCAUUGUUGAAUCAGGUGACGAAGAAGGGAUUCGAAACAAGCUAUAGCUUCCCGCACUAUUAUCCGUGGACGUAUGCAGAAGCGGUAGACCCCGAAGGCAAGGUGCUGGGCAAGUCGCGGCUGAAGUUUACUUUUACGCCGUCGGCGGAGCUCCAGCAAUACUGCACGAAUAACAUGUGCGAAAAUGCCCAAGCAUAUGGACUUCCUGGCGAAAUGGGAGCUCUCGCGUUUGUCCCUCCCGCAGGCCUCAACACUGUGCCAUGGGUAGACCCUGAGCAUCCUGAGGCGCACUACGACUGGGGCGAAUCCACAGAGCCCGAGUCAUCGUCGUUGGACGAAGCCAAAGAGACCCUGAAAGCUGCAUACGCGGUUGGUAUUGUCGCUCUUGGGUUGUAUGCGGUACUUCGAAGAUGGCGACGAACCCGACAUCAUGUGCACCCGAUGAGAGAGCGGGCAUCUUCAGAGCCAUUGGAUGAUGGUGCAGACGUAAGAAAACAGCCAGGCCAGGGGAGCGAGGCGCCGUGGUGGCAUUGGCGGCGAUGGAUCGGGGGAUCCGACGGGCCUCACUAUUUCCCUAGUCGACUGAGAUCUAUCUCAACGUCCAGCAACUCCCCGGUUCCCUCUCCCGCGCUAACGCCGACACAACAACCAUCAUCGGCUUCAUACGCUAAUAAAAGUCGGAAUGCCCGUCACAUCCGGGCGACUUCUUGGACAUCUGGUCACGAUCAAGGCGGCGAACCCUCUCCGCGAGAAUUUCCCUCACAGCAGCGCCGCCGUCGCGAGUCAAAUAUCUCUCUAGACGACGUCUCCGAAGGCUCGUCGGACCGCGACACCGGCAAUAAGAUGGCUCUGAGAAACACCUCGUUCGAGCAAUCCGGCCAUGCCCGCAAUCGGUCACAGAGCCAAAACCUGGCUUCCUUCAGGCAACCGCAGCACUUCUCCAGUGAUCCGCCUCCGCGUCCAGGGCCCGUCACUUGGAUGACCCUGCCGCGGAAGAAGCAACUAGCACUGCUCGGGUUAUGCCGUGUAUUUGAUUUUCUGCAGAUUGCCUCACUGCAAGCGUACAUGUUUUACCAGCUUAAAUCAUUCGAUGACAGUUUAUCCGAUGCAGAUGUGUCUACCCAGGCUGGUAUCCUCCAGGGCGCCUUUACCGCGGCCCAAUUCGCGACAGCGAUUCCCUGGGGCCGAGUAGCGGAUGCGGAAUGGGGUGGACGGAAGUUUGUUCUCUUGGUUGGCCUGUUAGGCACGGCAGUGUCUUGCCUGGGCGUCGCCUUUGCUACAUCGUUCGCGCAGGCCGUGUUCUGGCGUUCAUUCGGCGGUGCCAUUAAUGGUACGGUGGGCAUUAUUCGGACGAUGAUUGCGGAGAACGUGAAGGAGAAGAAGUACCAUUCCCGUGCCUUUCUCAUUCUACCCAUUGGGUUUAAUAUUGCCUCUUUAUUUGGACCUGUGAUGGGUGGUAUGCUCUCCGAUCCGGUGCGCAGCUAUCCUGCCUUGUUCGGCCCCAAUUCUUCCUUUGGAGGAGCGAAUGGUAUACAAUGGCUCGAGCGCUAUCCCUACGCAUUGCCAAUGUUGGCCAAUGCCGUCUUUCUCUCCUUUGCUGCCUUCUGUGUUGGUAUCGGCUUGGAAGAGACCUUGGAUGCUUGCAAAGGAAAGCCCGGACUGGGACUUUUCACUGCUAGGAUCUUCGCCCGUGGUAUCCGGGCCGUGAUUCCUUCUUCGUCACCUUUGUACCAGAGACUACCUUUCGCCGAUUACGAUGAAGAAGGCCCUCUUCUGAGCCACCACCACGAUCCCACCGAGAGCUACGAACUGGAAGAGAAGGCAGCCAAGCCCUUGCGGUAUAAACAGAUUCUCCCUUUCCACAGACUUUGGACGAAGAACGUGCUGUGUACACUUUUGGCGCAGGCCUUCUUCGAUUUCCAGAUGGGUGCAUUUAAUAAUCUCUGGCUGCUCUUCCUGUCUUCACCUCGCUAUGAUUCCAACGAUCCCGCUGCUCCUGCUCAGAGGCUGCCGUUCAUCUUCACGGGUGGGUUGGGUAUGCUGCCUCAGAGUGUUGGAUUUGCCACGGCCAUCCUGGGCAUCAUCGGCAUGCUCCUCCAAUUCACCGUGUACCCAGCAAUUAAUAGCCGCUUGGGGACGGCCAAGAGUUACCAGUAUUUCUUGACUCUGUUUCCCUUAGCUUAUGCGUUUGCCCCGUAUAUCGCCCUUGCACCGUCAAGCACACCACCCCCAGGACAGGCCAACGGGCCGUGGGUGUGGUUCUCUAUCAUUAUCGUCCUUUUCUUACAAGUUUCGGCCCGUACAUUUACGCUGCCGACCUCGAUUAUCUUGCUGAACAACUGCUCGCCACAUCCUUCGGUGCUGGGCACCAUCCACGGAAUUGGCCAGUCAGUCUCCUCAGCAUUCCGCACCAUAGGCCCCAUCUUUUCUGGCUCGUGGUACGGAUAUGGUCUGGAGAUCGGCAUGGUAGGGUUCGCCUGGUGGCUGAUCGCCCUCGUAUCCGUUUUUGGAUGCGUCGCAGCCAUCUUCGUCUAUGAGGGAUCGGGGCAUGAGAUUCUUCUUCCAGGAGAGGAGGACGAUCCGCCCCGUUAA